CUCGACUCCCGCCCACCCACGGCGGCAGCGGUCUUUCCUUUCGACCACCAUGAGCUCUCCGAUUUACGGCAAUACCCCCACAGAGCCCGUCUACCAGCGGCCGGCGACCAUCUCUGAGCUCGCGGCACGCGCCCAGGACCAACUGUGGGACCCUUCGAAGGGCCUCAAGCAUUGGCUGCGCACAGCAGAGAAGGCUCGCAGGAAUGGCGAUUACUACGCGGAACACCAGGAUUAUGAAAGAGCCUUCGUCGAGUAUGCAAGGGCUGCCACCAUUGUGCUGGAGAAAUUGCCCACACACCAGGACUAUACUGCCCUGCUGAACCCUGAUCAGCGCCAGAACCUAGGCAUGAACGGUCAAGACAUCCUCGAAAGCCUGAGCCAGCUGAAGCCUGUGCUUGUCGACCGAUACGAGCAUUGGCAGGCGACUAGCAGUGCCACUCCAGGCUCCAGUCGACCAUCGACUGCCGGUUCACAUUAUACAGACGUGGCUUACACCGAAGAGUUCAGACGUUCACGAGAUGAGGAGAGGACUCGGACCGCUCGUCAGGCGGCUCAAAUGGAGCAGCAUUGGCAGCGGAGUGAACAGGAGCGGCGGGAUGCAGAGGAGCGGGAUCGACAAGCACGGCAUGAAACUGCGUUGGCACGGCAGCAAAUGCUGGAGUUGCGGCGUGAAGAAGAGCGGGCAUCUGCGGCAGAGCGAAGGGCAGCAGAGGCUAAGGCUAUGGCAGAGCGGGAAAGACAGGCGGAGAGAGCGCGAAGGGAAGCUGAAGCACGGAGUGACGAUGAGGAAAGGCGGAGGGCCACAGAGGAGCGGCGGCGGCGCGAGCGGGAAGGCAUCUUGCGGCGACAGCAAGAAGCAGAGACCGCUGCACUAGCCGCGAGGAUGGAAGUUGCUACACGGCUGACGCCGUCGCCCAACGGCAAUAGAUCCGGGGAGGAGACGAGUGCGAGAGGCAGCUCGCGGAGCUUUCCCGUGGCAGCGCCGCAACCCGCGCACGCGCCUGGCUCAUCACAGCAGCAAUCAUUGUAUGGGACGUCGAACGGUCUGUCGGUCAUGCCCCUCGAGAGCCCGACGAAGAAUGACGAUGACUCGUCAACGGAUGUCGAGGGUGUGGAUCGUCAACCGUGGCAGCGUCAACGGCAUACAGACCACACACCAAGCAAGUCAAAACAGCACGCUGCCAUUCAAUACCCACCUCCAAUAACGACCACCUCGCCGGCGCCACCAGAUGGCCCCAUAAGAUACCCAACACUCAUGUCCCAACACCAGCUCAAGCAGGGCUACGUCCCGUCACUGCAGUCCAUGUUCUCCAAGUCCACGCCCGCUCCUGCCGCCCCUAACGACUCUUCCCUUCUCUUUUUCGACUCCAAGGCUCCCGAAAGCCAACAUUCGCACUCUUCGUCUGUCGCCGACCCCGUCAUCCCUCCACCUCCCAGUCAUAUGUCUGUACCCAUUGGGCAUGGUCGCCAAGGCUCCAUCACAUAUCCCCAGACCGGGCGCCGGGGUCCGUCACCGUCUGGUGCACGGCUGUUGCAAACUUCGUCGGCGUCUCGCAUCGUCCCGAGCACCUCGACAGAUUCGACAGUCCGCGAUCUCAAGACCGUGAGGUUACCCCGUAGCUGCCUCCAGCGAUUUCUGUCUAUUGCGCGUGUGAACACGCUACACAAUAGGGAGACGUGCGGACUGUUGCUUGGGAAGGACAAGGGGAACAAGUAUGUUGUGACGACCUUGUUGAUCCCCAGGCAGCAUUCGACGAGUGAUACAUGCACGAUGGACGAGGAAGAGCUGGUCCUGCAGUUCACGGAGGAGCGGCAUUUGAUCACUCUUGGAUGGAUACACACCCAUCCCACACAGUCUUGUUUCAUGUCCUCGGUUGACCUCCACACUCAUUCGGGCUUCCAACGCAUGCUGCCGGAGUCGUUUGCAGUGGUCUGCGCCCCAACCUCAAAACCUACAUUUGGCAUCUUUCGUUUAACAGACCCGGGCGGCCUGCAGGUGAUACUAGAUUGCACAACCAAAGAAGCGUUCCACCCUCAUCCCGAGGUCCCAAUAUAUACGGAUUGUGAUAAUAGUCAUGUCCAAAUGAAAGACAUGGACCUUGAAAUUGUCGAUCUGCGUUGAUUUGCUGCAUUCGCCCCUUCCCGUUCCUCAUCUGUCAUAUCGUAUACCACCGGCAUCUGUAUCAAUCACUACCGCUCUGUUUCCUGGAACUUGUGCACUGUAAUACUUGUUGUACACAUACUACCGUCCUGGCCAGGCAUUAUGCAUGUGGAUUGUUAUGAGUUC